AUGUCUUCAAUCGUCAACCCAUUGCCGCUUCGAAGCAUCUCUUGGAAGCAUCUACUCUAUCUCAUCCCAACGAUGUUGCAUCUGGCUUUGGACAGCAUCGUUCGUGCCUUGAACUGCCUCCAAGCAUUCAUGCCACCAAUUCGCACAGCGUCGGAUGACAACAAACCGAAGGAGCACCCAUCCCCCACCAACAUGUUCGUCUUCGUCAGCCGUGUCCAGCCAUAUCGCGGACUCAACUGGAACGCUCAAUUCCAACUCUGGCAGUUCGACGACAAGUCAAACAGACCUUGGAAACGGCUCAAACUCCGAAAGAUUGAAUUCCGAGUACUCAGACAGUUCAUUGAGAGGGAUCUGGACGUCGACAUCGCACUUGAGGAUCCUGCCGAGUUCGAUAUCACCUGGUGCCUGGUCUGGCGCAUGUCCGAGUCUGGCAGAUUGGGUCGUAUCAUCGACGACGAUUCCUUCUUAGCUGCCGUGGAAGAUCACAGACGCGCAUACAAGAACACCCUGGACCUCUAUGUCAUUCGUUGGCUUGUGUAG